CAUCUGGCUCCCACAGUUCGUGUGCAACCACGAUGAUGAUCGACCUCACCCACACGUUGACGACGUCCACAGAAGCCCCGAUGUCGAUAUGGCCGGGGCACCCAACACUGCAGAUGACAAAAGUUGCCAGUAUCCCAGAACAGAAUGCGAAUGUGACGCUUAUUUCACUAGGGUCUCAUACGGGAACCCACAUUGAUGCACCCAACCAUUUCAUCGCGGACGGAUUGACAGUGGACAAGUACGACUUGACUAAACUCGUGGGCCGUGCACUGGUCGUCGAUGUGAGGGGAAAGAAGGCACGUGAGAUGAUCACCUGGGAAGACAUGCAAAAAUGGGAGGGAGAAAUGCAUGAGGGAGUGAUUGUGCUCAUAUGCACUGGAUGGUCGCAAUACUGGGGUAAAGAGAAUUACGAAGAACACCCGUUCAUGGAUUUAGAUGCGGCGAAGAAGCUUAUGGAAACGGGAGUGAGAGUAAUUGGAUGCGAUACGCUGAGCCCUGACAACAUAUGCUCGCCUGAGUGCGAAGUGCACAAAGUGAUAUUGGGAGCGGGAGGAAUGAUUGCAGAGAAUUUACGGGGAAUAGAAGAAGUGCUGGCAUUGAAGAACCCGACUGUGAGCCUGCUGCCACUCAAGUUGGAUAGUUGUGAUGGUUCGCCAAUACGAGCGAUAGCUUGGUCUGCAGGAGAUGUCUGACACGUAGUAGUAGCCUGACCCCAAAGUAGAUGCGGGGUUUCGGAAGCAAUAUAUCCAUUAAUGAUUUUAACAAGUUGGAUAAAAAAGCCGAUAAUCAUUCCUCUUACUAGUAUAGUCUCGAUUAACAAGCCAGGGCUCACAAGGCUAAG